AGUGAUAUAUUCUUGCUUGAAAAAUUAAUAUUUUGAUUGAUUUAAAGAAAUACAUUGAAGACUCCGCCCAAUAUGUUUUGAAUAGGGUACCAGCACCUUCAUCUUCCAUAUCAUGCGUUUUUGUGCUGCCAUUUAUUAACCCAGCUCUCUUUCUCUUUCUCUUUCCAUCACACCAUUCCAAACUCCAAACAUACAUCAAAUCAGGUACAACAAUGGCGGUUCAAGCUCAAUGUUCAUCAAAUAUUCUCCUUCUUAACAGAACCAUGUCCAUACAAGAAGGGAAAGCUACCCAAAAUGGAAAUAAGUAUCCUUUGCCACCACAAUCAGGCGGCGGAGUUGGUUGUGGUGGUGGAGUAGGGACUAAUAAUGAUCAUCAAUCUCUCAACCACACCUUAUUCAACAAUUUUCCAGUCGGGAAUUAUACUACGAAUCAAAGAAAAAGAGGAAGAGAAGAUGUUAUGAAUUAUUAUAUGUCUAAUAUCCAUCAACAACAAUCUCAUGGUCAUGGCAAUCAACUCAUGGAUGUUUCCCAAAUUGAUCAAUCACGAAAUAUUGAUGUAUCUACUGGACUCCGACUGGCUUUCAAUGACCACCACCAUCAACAACACUCCGUUUCUCCUCAAUCCUCUGGUUUUGUAUCCGUGUUUUCAGAAGAUCUAUCCAACCUAAUCAACCAACAACGAGAUGAAAUCGACAAUUAUCUUCAAUCCCAGGGAGAAGAGUUCAGGCGGAAUUUAGCAGAGAAGAGGCAAAGGCACUACACUUCUCUGAUCGGGGCGGCGAAGGAUUCAGCGUCGCGGAUGAUAAAGGACAAGGAGGCGUUGGCAGAGAAAGCCUUUCGGCGGAACGCCGAACUGGAGGCUCGAGCAUCGCAACUUAGCGCGGAGGCGAACGUUUGGCAGGCGAAGGCGAGGGCACAGGAGGCGGUCGCGGCGGCGUUGCAGGCACAGCUGCAGCAAGCAAUUGUUACCGGCGUAGGAGGGUGUGUGUCACAAGGUGAGGAGGUGGCGGCGGGUGAUGCGGAAGACGCCGAGUCGUCGUACAUUGACCCAGAACGAGUCGUGGUGGUGAGUGGACCCGGAUGUAAGGCGUGUGGAAAACGGAUCGCAUCGGUGGUGCUGUUGCCGUGUCGGCAUCUGUGCGUCUGUACAGAGUGUGACGACGUCGUUCAGUCGUGCCCUUUGUGUCUUUCCUUCAGAAGCUCAAGCAUUGAAGUUUACAUGUCAUGAUGGGACCUGAAGAGAUCCUAAUUCUGAAAAAAGGGUAAAACUGGAAUUUAUUAUAACAGUUGGAAAUCUUGAAAAAAGAAAUUCCAAAAUGUGAGGAAAACAUUAAACAUAUAUAGAGCGCAAAG